AUGUUCUACCAAGGCCUUGGCGUCUACGAAGGCUUCGGUGGUGUCGUCCUAGCCCAGGAGGAGGGAAAGCGUCUUGCCGAUGCACUGGGGGAGAAGAACAAGAACUUGAUUCUCCAGAACCAUGGUCUCCUCACCGCAGGCUACACCGUAGACGAAGCAGCGGCUUCCUUCAUCGCACUCGAGCGGGCAUGCGAAGCGCAGCUUCUAGCCGAAUCCGCUGCUGCCAAUGGCAUCCCCAAGAAGCUGGUUGGUGAUGAGGAGGCGCUCUACUCGUACAAAGUGUCGGGGUACCCAGCUUGCAUGCAUACUCAGUUUGUUCCCGAGUUCGACCUGGAGGUGGAGCUGUCGGGUGGGAAGCUGCUGGAGUAA